CUACGGUGCAAUAGAAACCUUGCUUGUCAUGCUCAUGUACUAUAACACUUGAUUGGAUGGUAUUAGGUGAACAAAAUCUACCUGGUUACGAGAGAAACGCAUCAAAAUCCUUCUCUUUUUCGAUACAUCAAGGGAAUAUUUGUAAUGAAGAUUUAGAAUAAAUUUAGCUCCCAUCCCAUCUCGUGUUGUCUUCUUGGGACACCAGUUGCAGUGUUGAUGAUAAGGAGAUAUGUUUGAGCCGUGGAAGGGAAGGAUAUUUAGGGAAAUUUAAUAAAGUGUUUGGAGGCACGUGUUAAGGAGUUGAGAGGGAAUGGGUAUGCACGUGUGUAAUGCUCACAUUCCAAAAUAUCAUCUUCUUGAUCUUGGCUGGGAGUUGAGUAUAGAGGAAGAAGAGAAGGAAGAAGAAGAAGAAGAAUAGAAGUUAGUGUUACGUAAUGGAUUCUCUGCGUGUGUAUGCGUCUACCAUCCGCCCAUGCUUCUGUGUGUGUGCCCAUCCCUCCACUUCCACUUCUUCCUACAAAACCCAUCUCAGAUUCAUUCUUCCCUCGCUCCCUCCGCUGCGCUCUCUACAUCACCGGUUGCCUCCGUCCCUCUCCGCUCUCUCCUCCCCUCAAACUCAAACCAGGGACCAAGAACAAGAAGAAGGAAACGACAAUCCUUCUUCCGUCUCCAUGGACCGCAAAGUUCGUCUGCAAGUUCGAUUAGAUCACCAAGUUCAAUUUGGCGAUCACGUUGUCAUCCGAGGAUCCGCCAAGGAAUUAGGAUCAUGGAACAAGAGUGUUCCCUUGAACUGGACCGAAAAUGGAUGGGUGUGUCACUUGGAAUUUAAAGGGACCGAUCACAUUCAGUUUAAAUUCGUCACUGUAAAAAAGGACUCGACUUUGGUCUGGGAAGCGGGGGAAAACAGAGACUUGAAGUUGCCCGUGGCAGGUCAUUUUGCCACCGUCGCUACAUGGGACGCAACCCAAGAAAAUUUGGAGCUGCACCCUUUGGAUGAACAACCACAACUACAGGAGGAGGUAGGUAAUGCAUACGAUGCUGCUGCUUCUUCUGUUUCUGAAGAGGCAGAGCCAAGUCCCUUUGUAGGUCAGUGGCAAGGUAAACCUAUUUCUUUCAUGCGAUCCAACGAGCAUCGAACCCAUGAAACACAGAGCAAAUGGGACACUUCAGGUCUUCAUGGCUUGCCUCUCAAAUUGGUUCAAGCCGACCAAAACGCUAGGAAUUGGUGGAGAAAGCUUGAUAUCGUACGUGAUAUUAUAGCUGAAGGUCUGCAAGGCGAAGAUCGCUUGGAGGCUCUCUUGUACUCAGCUAUCUAUCUCAAGUGGAUAAACACGGGGCAAAUAUCUUGUUUUGAAGAUGGAGGUCACCACCGCCCCAAUAGGCAUGCUGAGAUUUCAAGGCUUAUAUUUCGGGAACUAGAGCGACACACUACUCGGAAGGAUAUAUCUCCACAGGAAGUUCUAGUCAUCCGAAAGAUUCAUCCAUGUCUGCCAUCUUUCAAGGCAGAAUUCACUGCAUCUGUACCUCUUACUCGAAUUAGAGAUAUUGCUCAUCGAAAUGACAUCCCACAUGACCUCAAGUUACAAAUUAAGCAUACAAUACAAAACAAGCUUCACCGAAAUGCUGGGCCUGAAGAUUUGGUUGCUACAGAAGCUAUGCUUGCUAAAAUCACGAAAAACCCUGGAGAAUACAGUGAACCGUUUGUAAAGGAAUUCAAAAUAUUUCAUCUAGAACUCAAAGACUUCUUCAAUGCUGGCAGUCUUGCUGAACAGCUAGAAUCAAUUCAUGAAUCUAUGGAUGAAUAUGGCAUUUCAGCACUUAAUUCAUUCUUGGAGUGCAAAAAGAAUAUGGAUACUGUAGCAGUAUCAACUGCUGCAACAGAAGAUGUAAUUAAACUUUUAUUUAAAACAAUGGAAUCUUUAAAUGUUCUGAGAGAAAAUAUUGUAAAGGGUCUUGAAAGUGGCCUCAGGAAUGAUGCUCCAGAUUCUGCAAUAGCUAUGCGUCAAAAGUGGCGCCUCUGUGAGAUUGGCCUUGAGGAUUACUCAUUUGUUCUUUUAAGCAGAUUUCUCAACGAGCUUGAAGUUAUGGGAGGUGCUAGUUGGCUGGCAGCAAAUGUGCAGUCAAAAAAUGUAAACUUGUGGACUGAUCCACUUGGAGCCCUUAUAAUUGGAAUCCACCAGCUGAAGUUAUCUGGUUGGAAGCCAGAAGAGUGUGGUGCUAUUGAAAAUGAACUCAUUGCCUGGAGUAAAAGAGGCCUUCAUGAAAGAGAAGGAAAUGAAGAUGGCAAGACAAUUUGGACAUUGAGACUGAAAGCUACACUUGAUAGAUCAAAGAGGCUAACUGAUGAAUAUACUGAAGAACUUCUUAAGAUAUUCCCACAGAAAGUCCAGAUACUAGGUAAAGCUCUUGGAAUACCUGAAAACAGUGUCAGCACAUAUACAGAAGCUGAGAUUCGAGCUGGUGUGAUUUUCCAGGUUUCAAAACUAUCUACGCUUCUUCUAAAAGCUGUUAGAAGUACCCUUGGUUCUCAAGGUUGGGAUGUUCUUGUUCCAGGAGAUGCUUUGGGAAAAUUGGUUCAGGUUGAAAGAAUUGUUCCUGGUUCACUACCAUCAGUGGAAGGACCUAUUAUCCUAGUAGUUAACAAAGCUGAUGGUGACGAAGAGGUAACAGCUGCUGGGAGGAACAUAGUGGGAGUUAUACUUCAGCAAGAACUUCCUCACUUGUCUCAUCUUGGUGUUAGGGCACGGCAGGAAAAAGUCGUCUUUGUCACAUGUGAAGAUGAAGAAAAUGUUGCUGAUAUACAAAGGCUGAUUGGGUCAUAUAUAAGGUUGGAAGCAUCAACCGCUGGUGUUAAUCUGAAGUUAUCCUCUUUAGUGGACACGAAUGACAAUUCUUCCAUUAGAAGUUCUUCUGAUGACUAUGUUUCUGGAGUUGAAGUUCCUUCUUUUUCUUCUAAUAGAAUCUCCAAUUUUGAUCAGAUCAAGGGUGCUUCUUCUGGCGGAGUUAUCUUGCUUCCUGAUGCAGAAAUACAGACAUCAGGUGCAAAGGCUGCUGCAUGUGGUCGCUUAUCAUCACUGUCUGAAGUUUCUGAUAAAGUUUACAGUGAUCAGGGAGUUCCCGCCUCGUUUCGAGUUCCUUCUGGGGCAGUUUUACCAUUUGGAUCGAUGGAAUUGGAGCUAGAGAGGAGUAACUCCACCGAAGCAUUCAGGUCUAUCCUGGAAAAGAUAGAAACAGCAAAAGAGGGUGGUGAACUUGAUGAUCUGUGCCAUCAACUCCAGGAAUUAAUUUUUUCCCUCAACCUACCAAAAGACAUCAUUGAAAGCAUUGGGAAAAUAUUCCCAAGCAAUGCACAUUUAAUUGUUCGAUCCAGUGCCAACGUUGAGGACUUAGCUGGAAUGUCAGCAGCUGGACUUUAUGAAUCAAUACCCAAUGUUAGUCCUUCCAAUCCAACAGUUUUUGCAAAUGCCGUUAGCAAAGUAUGGGCUUCACUGUACACUCGGAGAGCAGUGUUGAGCCGGCGUGCUGCUGGUGUUCCUCAGAUGGAAGCUUCAAUGGCAGUUCUGAUCCAAGAAAUGCUUUCACCAGAUCUAUCAUUUGUACUGCAUACUGUGAGCCCAACAAAUCAGGAUAAUAAUUGUGUGGAGGCUGAGAUUGCUUCUGGCCUUGGUGAAACUCUGGCUUCUGGAACAAGGGGUACACCAUGGCGUUUAUCAUCGGGUAAAUUUGACGGGCAAGUGCAAACCCUAGCUUUUGCUAACUUGAGUGAGGAAUUGCUGGUACGAGGUGCAGGGCCUGCAGAUGGGGAGGUUAUCCGUUUGACCGUUGAUUACAGCAAGAAACCACUGACAGUUGACUCGGCUUUCCGUAGACAACUUGGUCAACGCCUUUGUGCAGUUGGGUUUUUCCUGGAGAGAAAGUUCGGUUGCCCACAGGAUGUGGAAGGAUGUCUUGUUGGAAAAGACAUCUUUAUCGUACAGACAAGGCCCCAACCCCUGUAGUGGAGUGGACAUUCAAUUCAAUACAAUAUAGAAAGCAUAUACAUAUUUGUUUAUGGCACCACACUGAAAUAUGUAGAUUUAUUUCCUCAAAGACAUUUCCUCAAAACCCAGCUCCCCACCAAAAAUCUUACUUUAAAGGCCUAGCUUUGAUAUUCCAUACUAAUUUAAAUGUAUGGAAAUAAAUUCUCCUUUUCUAAUUUGAUAAAUAAAAAAUAUGCAUUUGAGUGAAAAUCUGUGUUGUACUCCAGUGUUCAAAUUAUUAAAAAAUCAUUUAGGUUAUUCUUAAAUUUUAAUAAUAAUAAUUAAAAGAGUUAAAUAUGUUUUUAAUCUCUAAACAGAAUUUGUUUUUAGCCUUUUUCUUUUUUAACUUUUUGAUAUAUUUUAAUUUUUUUCCUUAACAAAAAUAUAAUUUUUCAUCGUUUUUUCUUUUUUUUAAAAGUGACUGGCUGUUUAGGCCGUGAGACUUCUCUCUUAUUCAUCUCAAACCUAUGUUAUUUUAAUCGUCAUCAGACCAUUUAAUCCUUGUUUCGCACCAUCUUCUACAUUUGCAACCACAAAGAGGUCAUUAUUAGUACACAUACCUUAUAAACUCAUACCGAUCCAAUCAAAAUAGAGAAUAAAGGGAAAGAGAACCCAUCGUCAGCAACGGAGGUGAUGACCAUCGAGUCGUUGUUGAGAGGAAGGGAAGCAAAGGUCAUGCGUCUUUGGGAAGUUGCCGACAGCGUCUUCCACUAACGGUUGAGGAUGCGUCAAGCUGUUAGGGUUUGUGGUUGAGAGGUUGAGUCGUCGUGAAGGGCGGGAUUUCCUCGCUGGAGGCGUCAGUGGUGGCUGACCUUGCUAGUGACGGUGAGGACGCGUCACGGAGGAGAAGGGUGUCUCCCUCUCGCGCGCAAAGAAAAGCCAGGAGAGGAGAGCUUUCGCGAUGGCCGGCGAUGACCCUGGCGACGUGCGGUGUCGCUGACGAUGCCUUGGGCUGGGAGGAGGUGCGCCACCGUGUUUGGUUCGGUGACGCUACCAGAGAUGCACGGAACCUGUUCGAUACAAUGCUUGAGAGAAAUGUUGUAUGUUCAGAUUGGGGGUAGUGAUCAGUGGGGUAAUAUAACUGCUGGGACUGAAUUGAUUAGGAAGAUAUUGUACGUGAAAGAUGCAUAUGGCUUAACAUUUCCUCUUCAUUUGAAGAGUGAUGGUACCAAGUUUGGAAAGUCUGAGGAUGGUGCUAUUUGGUUGUCUCCAAAGUCUUUGGCUUAUGAAGCGGUUUUGAAUCUGUCAUUGGUGGAUCUUUCGGUCUCUUCUGGUUUAUUCGAGAGUAAGUUUGCGGCAAAGAGGUUGUUGAAGCAAGGGGGCUUUACUUAAAUAAUAGCAGAGGGGACAGUGAAGGUAAGAGGAUUGAAGCUGCGGAUAUAGUGGAUGGGAAAGUUCUCCUGUUAUCAGCUGGCAAAAAGAACAAGGUGCUGGUGAGAAUAGCUUGUGUGUCUGUUGAACAGAGUAUUUUUUGGAGACUGUUUAUUUCCUGUGUUUCUUUUGUACUCUUAAGAAACCUUUGAUUUACCUGAUACACGGAAGCUUAUUCUCUGUGUUUAGUUUUCUAUUUAGAAUUAGAGUUUCACCCCAACUUGUACUGGUUUGUAAUGCAAACCUUUAUUUCACGGGUUAUUUAGGUGGAAGUUUAAUUCUGUUUGGAGAAUAGCACCAAAAAUUUUGUUUGGAGGAUAACCCCUCUUACAUCCAUUAUUUGGUAAACAUCCCAGCUGCGUGUAUUUGUUUACGUAUAAUGUAGCAUUGAAUUUUGAAGUUCAA